AUGGACCGUCGCCGCACCCCAGGCCUCUCCUCGCUCUCCUCACGCGGUUUGCAAAACCACCACUAUACGUCCCAUGGCGCCACGCUCCGAACCCGCAAUGCCGACUCCCUCUCGACCCAGCUCUCCGUCUUUCAAUCCCUCCUCCACAACUUCGCCGUCACACACUCCAAGGACAUUCGCGCCAAUCCCGCAUUCCGCGCCGAGUUCGCGCGCAUGUGCUCGGCACUCAACAUUGACUUCCUCGCAUCGUCGUAUCACCGAGAUGGCAAAGAUGGCAAGGCGAGUGCAGGUGGUGGGGAGAGCAUCUGGGCACAACUGCUGGGCGGGAGUGUCAACGACUUCUACUUCAACUUGGGCGUCUUGAUUGUGGAGGAGUGUCGGGCUACGCGAUCCGAGAAUGGCGGGCUGAUCAGUGUAUCGGAUCUCAAAGCACGCAUAUCCAAGUCACAGCGCAUAGGCGGAAGCAUGCAAGUCAGCGAUGACGACAUCAAGCGCGCCGUAGACUCGCUCGCUCCACUUGGAUCGUGCUUCUCCAUUAUGAAGAUUGGGCACAGAAGCUUGAUAAGAAGCGUGCCCAAGGAAUUGAACACAGACCAGAGCACCGUGCUGGAAGCCAUACAGGUUCUCGGCUACGUCACCGUCUCCAUGCUGCAGCUGAACCUCAACUGGGAGAGACCUCGCGCCCAUGCUGUCGUCGAGGACCUCAUGGCUGACAGUCUGGUAUGGGUGGAUACACAAGCUGGCGAGAACGAAUAUUGGAGUCCGGCGUUCCUGACUGCGGCCGACACCAGCUCUUAG